AUGUGGAUGUUCCAGCUUAAAAACUCAAACGCAGGCUUGCCUGCUAGUUCAAGUGGCGCUUCUUCAUCGAUAGGGCCGCUUUUGAAUACGAAUAAUUCUAGUCAGAGUUCUAUGUUUUCUUUCGCUAAUAGCGCACCGUUGCCCGCCGGGGUAGGUGUGUCUAUGGGCAGUAAUAAGAACGUCAUUUCUGGGUCACUCGCUUCUGUGAGUAUGCCUUCCAGUACAAGUAAUUCUGCUAGUAGUUCGGGAGUUUCUGGUCCUAAGUCCAGCUCUAUUCGUCCGUCUGGUGUAAGGGUUGUAUCAAAUUUAUUUGAGUCCGAUUCUGCACUUUUGAGACUUCAGCCGGCAUGUCAUUUGUCAGUAGAAGAAAUAUUGAAUUCAGCUGAUAAUAAUAGAUUGUUCUUGCGGUUCAAAGACUUCGUCAACGCACAGAGGGGUGCCUCUAUCAACCGUGAACUUUCUGCUCAGCAAAAAAUAGAGUUAAUGGCCAGUUAUGGCCCCGUCAAGGCGAGACGGUUUUUGGCCGCGAACACGUCGGCGGUGAAAGGGGAGUCAGUAAAGAACUGGGACAGUUAUCUGUCGUUCUUUCGCUCCUAUUUAAACCUAAUGACGACCAAAGGCGAGAAGCCUUUUCCGUUGAAUGCAGGUAAAGUCGAGGACUUCCUUUCGAUUUAUAACAAUGCAUCUACUGUUAAUUGCGCUCGGUCCGCUCUGAAGAAGGUAGCAUCUGUUCUUUUGCUUCCGUUUCCUGAUCGUGUAAACUCUUCUGCUAUAACGCGGGGCGUGCGACGCCAUCAAGGAGUGUCAGGCGCAAAAGAUCCCAUUUCUCCUGAAUUCUUGAACAAGAUUCUUGGUCUUGCUAACCUUCCUCCGCGGUUUCGAAUGUUGUACUGCAUGACUUGGGUUUUUCUUCUGCGCUGCCAAGACGAGGCCAUUCCCUUGCGAAAAAUUGAAUUCCAACAUCGGAAGAAUUUGAAGCACAAGAUCCAGGAACAUUCCGCGGUGUGGGGUGAUGAUGUUGAGAAGACAGUUAGCAUUAGGCUAAAGACUCGCAAGAAUCGCCUCGAAGGCGACGUGAUCACGAGGAGUUGCACUUGUGAUAGUUUCAAGUCCGAAAGAUUUCUCAUCUUCAACCAGCGACUUCUUAGUAAUGAUGACAGACUAGUCUGGGCUCGCGAUUACUGUCCGUUCUGUAUCUUUUGGAAAGAAUGGGUGCAGCCACUCAAGGCAGGAGCUAGAAUCUUCCCCAACGUCGCCUACGCUGAUGCACUUAAGUGCAUCAAAUUGUCAGCAGUCAAGCUUCAUGAGCCAGGAGAUUUUGGGACGCAUAGUUUGCGCCGUGGUGGAGCCACUACGAUUGCGUCGUGUGGUGGUAGUCUUCAAGAGAUCCUGCUCGCUGGCCGUUGGUCGUCUAGGUCUGACGCGUGGAAGCGAUAUGUGAGCAUGCGCAAGUUGGAGUGUAGUGGAAUGCUUGGAGCAGCUAAAGUUUCAGUAGAUUUAGUAGCUGAGCAGCUUGAGCUUAUUAGUGAAGGUGACGCUUCCGACGUGUCCGACCUCGACGUUGACGCUCUUGCUGAUAGCGAGAACGAAACAUCCUCUGUUGCCUAACGUUACUUCGGGCUCAGGGCCUGCUCCUCUUGUCCUUUUCCUUCUCUCGAAUAACAUCUCUCUUUUCAACCGUGGAGAUGUUGGUCCUUGACAAGACGAUGUUCUCCGACCCGCCUAACGUGGGUCUGUGCCGGACGAUAAUGACAAGUGUAGCGAUCUUCGUGUUUAUUCUGUUUCUCGCGCAGUUCUUCCAGUUGGCCAUGCAGUUUUUCAAGACGAUCGUCGAGCAGUUCAAGAUGUUGUUGGCGCGCAUCAACUUCAUCGACCAGGAGAUUUCUGAUAUCAAGCUAAUGCUUGAAGAGUUGGAGCCUGUCCUUCGUGACAGGUUGAUCGAAUAAUGUGGAUGGACAUGUUGGGCAUGAUGUGAUCACUGAACUUUUCUAGGUUUUCUCCGAAGAGUGCAGUUAUUUCCCUUUCACAAUUUCCAGAAUAAUACAGAUUUCUUUGUAAGUUGGCUUAUGUAACUAAAGCAGGUGGUUCCGCUUCGCUUAUCAUAUUUGAGUCGAGAUGGUAGGCGAUCUGAUGGGUCGACUAAAGUGUAGUGGUGGUCGAUCGUGCGGGUAAUGGAAUUUUGUGUUCAUGAAUGCAGACGAAGGGAGCAGCCCCUGUCAGGAUCGUGCAGUCUCCCAUGAUUUUUGUUGCCGGUUUUUUCUGUCUACCUCGCGGAGCGAGCUAUUCUGCUUUGUUUAGGUUUUGCUGUCGGCAUAGGCCUUUCGACCUUUCGCGUUUCCUUCCGGCAACGAGAAUCGCCUCCAGCAACAUAUCUGCAUCUGGACACUUCUUCCCCCACCUGUUCUCUUAAAUAAUCCAUGAAUUGAAUAUGAGUCAAUGCAAAAAGUAG